UCUUUUCCUUCUGACAAUUUGUUCAAUUCCGAUUUCCCCUGCUUGAUUAUCAUCCUCUCAUAAGAUGUGAGGAUGAAGAUGCUCAGGAAAUUUGGUCUCUAAUCUGCUCCUUUUUAGUCGAUCUCUUUAGUAUUAAAUGUGCUAUUUGUUUACUUUACAAUUUUAUCUCAUCAAUUUGUGGCUUUCUAGAGGUUAUAAAUAUUUGAUCGCUAAUUGGAAAUUGAGGAUUUAAAAAAUGGGUAUCACAGGCCUCCUUCCAUUUUUGGACAAAUAUUCAAAGAAAACCAAUAUAUCUGAAUUUGCUGGAAAGACUGUUGCUGUUGACACUUAUUGUUGGCUUCACAAAGGAGCAUUUUCCUGUGCUGAUAAAAUUAUCAUGGGUCAACCUACUGACGUGUAUGUAAAGUACUGUAUGAAAUUGGUAAAUAUGUUACUUAGUCAUAAUAUUAAGCCAAUAUUAGUUUUUGAUGGGAGACAUCUUCCUGCAAAAGCAGAAACAGAAUUAAAAAGAAGAGAGACUAGAGUUGCUAAUCGUAAAAGAGCAGCAGAACUAAUAAAAAUGGGCAAUAAUGCAGAGGGGAAAAAUCUCUUGAGGAGGUCUCUUGACGUCAGCCACAAAAUGGCUUUAGAAGUUAUCAAACAAUGUCAAGCACAUAAUGUUGAUUGCAUUGUAGCACCUUAUGAAGCUGAUGCACAACUUGCUUAUCUCAACAUGUUAGGGAUUGCUGAUGUAGUGAUCACUGAAGACAGCGAUCUUACUCUUUUCGGAUGUAAAAAGAUAUUUUUCAAGAUGGAUCUGUAUGGACAUGGAGUUCUAGUUGAGCAAAGUCAACUCCACCUAGCAAUGGGGCUGAGGCUGUCUAAUUUCAACAUAGAUAAAUUCAGACACAUGUGUAUUCUCUCUGGUUGUGAUUAUUUAGCAUCUCUGCCUGGCAUUGGUCUAGGUAAAGCUUGCAAGUUUAUAGUGAAAAACACAGAUGAUAAUAUUUACAAUGCUCUACAACGUCUUGCUUCAAGUUUAAAUAUGAAAAACCUCAUGGUAACUAAAGAGUACAGAGACAAUUUUUUGCGAGCAUUAGUUACUUUUAAGCAUCAGUUAGUUUAUUGUCCUAUACAAAGAAAACAGGUUCGAUUAAAUCCACCGACCCCGGAUGUCACAAAAGAACAGCUCGUACAUGCUGGUACAGAAGUUGAUCCAGAACUCGCCUGGCAACUUGCACUUGGAAAUUGUGAUCCAUUUACAAACGAGAAACUACAUAACUUUGAUCCAGACAAUUUUCGUCCGAAACGUACAAAUUCUUGGAGUGAAACAGCUGUAGCAAAACAUCCAAGUAUUUGGUCAAAAAAUUUUAAGGCAAAUAAGGUGGAAGAAAAGAAAAUUGUCAACCUUGAAAAAGAUAAAUUACCAGCACAAAUUGCAAGUACAAAAGGUCAAACCAUGAUAAUGAAAGUAGAUUCAUUAAAGAAAGAAUUAACACCAAGAAAAAGAACUUUUGAAGAGGCAGAGAUGAGUAUCGAGAGCAUUGUUCAAAUUUAUAAAAGGCCCGAUCAAAAGGCUAAGGAACCACUACCGGUAGUGUCGAGAAAAGUGGAGGAAUCGCUGGAUGAGAAACCAACGUCUCCGGUUUUCGUGAGACGGUCAAACCCAUUCAAAAAACUUGCCGAAACAUCGCCAAGUCUUUUGCACAAGCGGACGAGACGGUUACCAGUGAAGAGUCGGCUCACACCUACAGUUAUAGAUGAGACAGCGGUUGCACAAAGCGAAUUUUUCGCACCUAAAAAGUCUUCUAAAGAGACAAUGGAAGUCGCAGAGUCAAUGGAUGUCAACAUCGACGAGGAGGACUAUAAAGAAAAUAUUGAACUGUGUUCAACGACGACAGUUUCUGCCAGAAGAGUGAUUAUACCAGAAACUGAGACUUUUGACGACGAAGAGCUUCCCAAAGAUAAUGCUGAUGCCGAGAAAGAUAGCGGUUAUAGAGAUUCGAGCAACGACAAAGACCCUAAUUCAUCAGCCAUAAGUUGCGAUGACUCUGUCAAUGAGAAAAUUCCGCUACACGUUGUUCAGAGUAAUUCAGCUCAGAAAAACGAUAAUUCCAUUGUAGACUUUCAUGACGAAAUUAAGGUUGACGGGGUCGAGAAAAUUGAUUCGCCAACUGAAGAUGAGAUGGAAUUUUCUAUUACAAGGGAUGUCUUUUCAGAAUAUAAGUCCAGUAUGUUUAUGUAUGAGAAUUCCGUUCCGGAAAAAAGACUGAAAAGAGAUAGCUACUCGUCACCUCAUUCGCGGAAGAGCGCCCAAUCAUCGCAAGGAUCUUCAAGUAAACGAAUCUGCAAAACUAGUAGUACAAAGAAGACUGCCGCUAUUCAGGGUCAACAAAGUAUAUUGAGUAUGUUCGGUUUUCAAAAAAAGAACUUUUUGGAACAUUAAGUAACUUUCUUGUUUUGUUGUUUUUAAGAGAAAAAAAAAGUAAAAAAAUAUUUAACUUUUACUUCUGUUGCAAAAACAGUAUUACUUAUAGACUCGUUCUACUGGCUAGAAUACAAAUACAUUUAUUUACUUUUCUCUAUGUGCCAAUUUAUGUUUAGUUCGGUAUCCUUGCGUAAAAUGUGCCAUUGUUUUUCUAUUAUUGUUAUGUACAUAGAUAUUUGUAACACGUAUUUAGAUUUUUUAAAACAGUUUUGUACAAACAGAUAUGUAAUUAAUUAUUUAUA